CACGCUUGCUGUGACAGGCCUGGCAAACGACAUUGUCCUUGUAUGUUCGUUCCAACACACACGCUGUUACAUAUCUUAUGUAUGCGGCCAAUAUCCCUCUUAAAAACGAACCAUGUCUGCCCGUCGCGGCGUUGGCCUGGGAGCCUUCGUAAACCGCAACCAGUCAGCACAGUCAUAUGCCACUCAUGGUGCCAACCUCCGCACCACUCACCUUACCUCUCUACAGACCCAGCUCUCCGUCUUCCAGUCCCUUCUGCAUUCCUUUGCCCUCGAGCAUGCCUCGACGAUUAAAUCGAAUCCAACAUUCCGCGCUGAGUUUGCGCGCAUGUGUCAUGCUAUCGGAGUGGACCCGUUAGCUGCUAGUAAUGUAAAAGGGAAGGGGAGGAAGGGUCUUAGCCUACCUGGCUUGGGAGAAGGAGGUAGCUUCUGGACUCAGAUCCUGGGUGGUGAUGUGACCGAUUUCUAUUUUGAAGUUGCUGUGCGCGUUGUAGAGCUCUGUCGGGAGACGAGAGGGGAGAAUGGGGGUCUUAUUGGGGUUGAGGAAUGUAUGGCUAGAGUGGGCAGGGGUAAGGCGAUUGGAGGUGGUCUAGAGGUUUCUGAAGACGACAUCCUCCGUGCAGUCAAGUCCCUCGAACCCCUUGGGUCGGGAUUCACAAUCAUCAAAGUUGGCAGCAAGCAAUAUAUACGUUCAGUUCCCAAAGAACUCAACACGGACCAAGCUACCGUACUAGAAGCGAUUCAGAUCCUGGGCUUCGUUACUGUUUCGAUGCUACAGCUUAAUCUGAAUUGGGAAAAGGCGAGGGCCCAAACAGUCAUUGACGAUCUCUUGGCUGAUAGUUUGGUCUGGGUUGAUUCUCAGUGUGCAGAGAAGGAAUAUUGGUCACCUCAAAAUUUACUUGAUGACGGUGAUUGAAUUAAGUAGUGUCAUGCGAGCACGCCACUACUACUUUACAAACGCAGACGCCAAAUGCUGGUUUAAUACCGCUCUCUAUAACUGUCGAAGGGAACCUCCCGGUCGACGUCAGAGUGUUUACUUGAGCGUGACUUCCUUUGGAGCGCCCAUCUGCUGCAGAAGUCCAUGACCCCGAUCAUGGCUCACCCUUCAGGCAAUUUGUUGGAUGUAAGGCAGGACCGACCGACCGCUACGAUAACCCAUGUGCCGCUCAUUGAAGCGGCAAAUGGAAAUUAACCCGACGCCAUCUAGCAGGAGAAUUAUGAUGCUUAUGAGGACGAAUCGGUGCCUAGUUCAGCUGGGCCGCCGGUAUUAUGUUUCUGGUUAAGCAUGUAUUUAACUACCUCGAAACCAACACAUAUAAGGCACAAUCUCCUCCUUCUCAGAUAGAGUAAACAUAAGUAUUUAUUUUAGUUAAUGAAAGUGCGUCACGUAAGGAUGUGGGAGAAGCAUGCCACAUUCUCAAUUUAAUCAAAUAAACGUAAUAGCGAGGACAGCCAGCUGCACUGGGCCAACAAGCGGCCCAUACACUGAGCCACCUCACGAGCUAAGCCACCAAGUAUGGCAUGUAACCGAUAGGAACUUUCCAUGUGGAGCUAGAGAUCAGCUGAUUCGACAAACAAUAAUGAGCGAAACGUCUGUUAAAGACAUAUACCAAAAUUGACCAUGAAAUUCC